AUGGCAGAAGAAGUUCCAGCAUCAUCAUCUUUCACUCCUUACAUUCACUCACAAACCCUAACUCCUCACAAUCGCGCCGUUUCCUCCGUGAAAUUCUCUUCCAAUGGCCGUCUCCUCGCUUCAGCCUCCGCCGACAAAAAAAUCCGCACUUACGCCAUCAACGUCGACGGAGACUCCAUCGCCGAGCCCGUACGAGAAUUCGCGGGCCACGAGUACGGAAUCUCCGACGUUGCUUUCUCUUCAGACGCGAGGUUUAUCGUCUCAGCUUCCGAUGAUAAAACCCUAAAGCUUUGGGACGUUGAAACCGGUUCGCUGGUGAAAACGCUUAUCGGGCACACGAAUUACGUCUUCUGUGUCAAUUUCAAUCCUCAAUCGAACAUGAUUGUCUCUGGUUCGUUCGACGAAACUGUUCGGAUCUGGGAUGUGAAAACUGGAAAGUGUUUGAAAGUUCUUCCUGCGCAUUCCGAUCCGGUUACUGCCGUCGAUUUCAAUCGCGAUGGGUCUCUCAUUGUUUCGAGUAGCUUUGAUGGGUUGUGUAGGAUAUGGGAUUCAGCUACUGGGCAUUGUGUGAAAACCCUAAUUGAUGAUGAGAAUCCUCCUGUUUCCUUUGUCAGAUUUUCUCCCAAUGGAAAAUUUAUCCUCGUUGGUACUCUCGAUAACACUCUGAGGUUGUGGAAUAUUUCUUCGGCUAAGUUCCUCAAAACAUAUACUGGUCAUGAGAACUGCAAGUAUUCCGUCUCCUCUGCGUUCUCUGUCACAAAUGGAAAGCGGAUCGUGAGUGGAUCCGAGGACAAGUGUGUAUACAUGUGGGAGCUUAACUCGAGGAAAUUGCUUCAGAAACUUGAGGGGCAUACUGAGCCUGUCAUGAGUGUGGCUUGCCACCCGACAGAGAACUUGAUCGCAUCAGGCUCACUCGACAAGUCUAUAAGAAUUUGGACACAGAAGAAACAAUGA